AAGGGCAAAAAAAAGCAACCUCAUCAUCAUCAUCAGUCCCACACCCUCUGCAAAAGAGAGAGAGAGAGAGUUGCAGAGGCGAACAUGGAGAGAACACACGCCGGCGGGUAGGCGGCACACGAACGCCGACCGCCCCGCACGCGCCACCCCGCGCUCUCCUCGCUCUCCUCGCUCGCUCCCUUUCCCACCCCUCUAUUUAUGCUCGCCCUCCACCUCUCACCACCAACCGCUCCCUGUCGCCAUCCUCAUCAUCACCAUCAUCACCACCAUCACCGUCUUCGUCCUCAUCCUCUCUCGAGCUUUCUCGAGAAUCCGAUCGCGCCGCGUUCCGGUCAUUAGCUUUUUGCGGGAACCCUGAGAAAUGGCGGUGGAGAAGAGGAACUGCGGUAGAGGCGGAGGAGGAGGAGGAGGAGGAGGAGGAGGAGGGUGGAGGGAGCUGAGGCCGCUGGUGCAACUGCUGCUGCCGCUCUGCGUGCACUGGAUCGCCGAGGAGAUGACGGUCUCCGUCCUCGUCGACGUCACCACCUCCGCCCUCUGCCCCGGCCAGUCCACCUGUUCUCAGGCCAUCUACAUCAACGGCAUCCAACAGACGGUCGUUGGGGUGUUCAAGAUGGUGGUGCUUCCACUCUUGGGUCAGCUUGCAGACGAAUGUGGGCGUAAACCAAUGCUCCUUCUCACCCUGUCAACCACCAUCUUCCCUUUUGCUCUUCUCGCCAUGAAUCAGUCCAAGGAGUUCGUGUACGCUUACUAUGCGAUCCGCACGGUUUCUUACAUCAUAAGUCAAGGCAGUAUAUUCUGCAUUUCCGUUGCAUAUGCGGCCGACGUCAUCGAGGACAGCAAGAGAGCUGCGGCAUUUAGUUGGAUAACGGGUCUUUUUUCUGCUUCUCAUGUCCUUGGGAACGUGCUGGCUCGUUUUCUUCCGGAGAAGUACAUCUUUCAUGUUUCCAUAGCGCUGCUGAUAUUAUGCCCAGUUUACAUACAACUGUUUCUGCGUGAGACAGUAAAAUCUACUCCAAAGCAGGACCAAGAUUCAUCAACUCUGGGUAAAAUAGCCAAGGUUUUGCAUAAGAGGUACACGUCAAUGAGAAAUGCAGCAACAAUAGUAGCAAGCAGCCCUGCACUCAGAGGCAUUUCUCUCGUUUCUUUCUUCUAUGAGUUGGGAAUGUCAGGGAUCAGCAGUGUCUUGCUGUACUAUCUCAAGGCAGCUUUUGGCUACAACAAGAACCAAUUCUCAGAAAUCCUUAUGAUGGUGGGAAUAGGUUCAAUAGUUUCUCAGGUGGUGGUGCUUCCUCUAGUCAUUCCUCUGGUCGGAGAGAAAGUGAUACUAUGCGCAGCAUUACUCUCAUCAAUUGCAUAUGCACUGCUAUAUGGAUUUGCAUGGGCACCAUGGGUACCUUAUUUGAGUGCCUCUUUUGGAGUCAUCUACAUACUUGUCAAACCCUCGACGUAUGCUAUCAUUUCAAAAGCAUCAACUUCCGCUGAUCAGGGAAAGGCGCAGGGAUUCAUUGCUGGUGUGCAGUCCAUAGCGAGCUUGCUGUCGCCUCUCGCCAUGAGUCCAUUAACUUCAUGGUUCAUCUCUAAGAGCGCCCCCUUCGACUGCAAGGGCUUCAGCAUCGUCUGCGCAUCUAUCUGCAUGGUAAUAGCCCUGUGCUACGCCUGCAUGCUCAAACCGGAAGAGAGCCCGAGGCAGGACACGCCCGACCCAGAGGACAACCUGGAGGCUCCGCUCCUGCGCGACGCCCAGUGCUCGAGCUGAGGAUAAACUGAACACCCCCAACUGUACAGCCACAUUAGUAGUCUUCUCUGUAGAGAGGAAUGUGUACACUAUAAUUUGUACAUGGUCCUAGAGUGCUAUAAUAGCAACCUCUGCCGUCAAUUUUUGCUGUAACUUCCAUCCUUCCCUUUUAUUCUUCCUUCUCUCUAUCUACUGAGAAUCUUCCUUC